AUGCCCUCACAGGCAUUUGUCGCGGCGGCAGCAUCGCGCAGGCCUCAUCGGGGUCCCGCACGGGCCCAGCCAUCUGGCUUGGCUGAGUCGCAACACGCGCCAGACUCGCAGCAGCCGAAGCGGCCGUACCACGGCGCCGCCGAACCCGCAAAGGAUGCGGCUGCAAGACACCCCCCGAGCGACGGCGCCGCCCGGCUCGAUAUGACCCAGCUGAUACAAAAGCUGCAACGGGACGUUGAUGUACAGAAGGAGGUGUACCAGAACGUCGAGGCUCACUUCGCCCGCAUCCUGCGGGACUACGAGGGCGACAAGUAUAAAGACCAUCGCAAGUUAGCGAUGUCGAUCGAGGACGUAGUGUUGGGGCACCUCCGCCUACAAAUGUUAGGGGAGAAAGAACGCCCCCGCUCUCCGUCAAGGUCCCCACCGAAAACCGACCAGGGCUCGCCUGCGGACAGCCGCGCCGGAAAAGCGACGGUGCCCGGGGCGGCGAACCGCAGUUGGGCUACCGUGGCUGCCUCCGCGGCAUUUUCCGCACGAGCGGCGAUUACAACCCCGUCGGAGGGGGGCUCCACCCCACCCCCUCCGGUCAGGAAGCAGCCCGACCACCGGGUCCUAAUCCGGACCCAUCAACCGGGCCUGGACCCACGCGAACCCUUCGCCCUCAGGCGUAAAACGAGCGAAGCAGUGGGCGUUGCCCUGGCUGAAAUACCAGCAAUUAUGCGCACACCGACCGGGUGGGCAAUUAGAGCAGCCAACGCAACGAUCAAGGAUAAGCUUCUGGAAGCAGGAGCACAGGAGGAAAUUAAAAGGAUUUUCAACGGAACCUCCAUUACAAUCCCACAAAGGUGGUACAACUAUGCGGUCCCGGGCGUUCCCCGCACGAUACACUCUCCUUGGGAUGACGAACCCCUAGACGUACAGCAGUACAUUAAAGAAGAGGCUAAAACACAGGCAGGCCUUAACCCUGUGGAAUGCAAACCGUCCCGCCAUGGCUACAACCCGGCUACGGGCACGGCGACGUGGAUAAUCUCCUUCCUGCAACCGGUACCCCGACUAUUUACCCUAUUUGGUACCAGCGGCAAAUCGCGUUUAGUGGAGAAAAACCCCAGGAUCGAACUUCACAGCACGGGUUGCCAGGGGUAUUGCAAUGCAAAGCGAUGCAUCCGCCCCAAGAAAUGUGGACAAUGCAGCCGAAAGGCGCACGCAGGGGAAUGCAAAGACCCCCCUAAAUGCGCCAACUGUUGCGGUCCCUUCCCAGCAGGACACAAAGGGUGCCCGGCCGCCCCAAAGCUCGAGAACAAUAAAGUUAUUCGCCCUUCCGUACGGAAAUUGAAAGACAUAAGGAGACAUGGACAGGCCCGCUACACCAAAGAGCUAGAAAGGACUGCAGAAACAGCUGCAAAAGCUGCAGUGCGAGCGGCCGGCCAAGCAGCACAGCCAACGGAGGUGGCCUCGAGCAAUAAAUCUUCCACGACCAGUGGCAAACGAAAUAGAUCGACAUCGGACGCGGGAGCCAUCCGCCAAUUCCUGACGCGCUUCGCCCCUCCCACAAGCAGCAAAAGACAGGUGCCACACCUCAGCCUGCUGGAAAUAUGUCGCCAACAAGGGGUAGACAUUAUUAACAUACAAGAGCCGGCGUGCUACCUGGGAACGAGGACCCAGACGCAUCCCGGCUAUGACAUUUUCGCACCUACAGACCAUUGGAACGCUACAAGUUGGGAUGAGUUUGUGGCAAUACGGCCCCGGGUGCUCACCUACGUCCGGAAACAAGCGGGAUUGUGGGUCGUUCAACGUCGACCCACACAAACGCGGGAUGCGCUCUGGCUGGAAAUUAACGGGACCCAAAUCCUGCACGUCUACCGUGACGUUUUGAGUACAGAAAUGCUGGACCUAGUGUGCGGCACGGAGAUAACGGGACCUACGGUUGUAGGGGGAGAUUUUAACCUUAUCGCGCAGGCGUACGAGCCCGACCGUUCCAACGCGCGAGGAGGGAGAGAACUUACCCGGUGGGCCGAAGGGAGCGGGAUGGAAUUCACUGGAGAAAUCGGCGUCCCUACACAUCAGGCAGGGGGGGUGCUCGACAUGGUUUUUUCCAAUAUACCCUUCGCCAUUACAAAGGUUGCCGAGGAGUUACAUACCGGAUCGGACCACCAAACGUUAACGACAAACCUCCCGACCAAAGGAAAGCAAUAUUUCGAGCCCAUAAACUACGUGGUUCGAGAAAAUAAGCUCGAAACGUUCCGGAAUUUGGUGGGCGUCGGAAUAGCUUCAUUAUCCGACCCUGAACUGGCCGAAGACGGGCCGGCGCUAGAUGUUUGGGUGGACAACUUCAACUCUAUGUGGCAAAGCGCUUUAAUAGCCGGAGGUACAGCCCCCAAUAAACGGGGCCGUUCGGCCCCUUGGUGGACACGAGACUGCCAAAACCUGUGGGCAAAAUACCGGACCGCUCGGCGGGCAUCGGGCCCACGGGCCGGACGCACACAAGAGGAAAAGGAUUAUAUUACGGGCGUACGAAGGGCGAAGGCAGACUAUUGGCGCAGGACAAUCGACGAGAUAACAGAUGGUAAAGGCCUAUGGGACGUGGUAGGUUGGCACAAACUGGCGCCCAACCUCCGAUCACCCCCUUUAAUCCACAACGGAACCUCCAUCCACGAUCCAAUAACUAAAGCGGAGACGCUACAAAAGGAAGUGCUAGGCCGAUUUUCCAAAGAUGACGACCUAACAGAGGACCCCCUCGACGGUUGGGUCCAACAGGAAGCGAAAAUACAAUGGGACACAGCAGUCUCUGCGGAGGAGGCGGAAAAGUCAUGCAUCGGGGUGCAAAGCACGUCUCCUGGUACGGACGGCAUCACAGUCCGGGUGCUCACAGCCUGCUGGACAGUUCUCAGUGAGCCGGUCCGCAAACUCUACCAGCGGUGUCUGGAGCUCAGCUGGUACCCAAAACCGUGGAAGCGGGCGGAGGUCGUUAUGCUCCCUAAAGCAGGUAAAAGAGAUAAAACUAACAUAAGGUCAUGGCGACCAAUCGCACUGCUUUCGUGUCUGGGCAAAGGUUUGGAGCGAGUCUUCGGCAGACGUAUAGCCUGGGCGGCGCUCCAACACGGAAUCCUAAGCCCAACACACGGAGGGGCGCUCCCACGCAGGUCUGCAACAGAUCUCAUUUGCGCCCUUACGCACGAUAUAGAAAUGGCUUUGGCGGAGGGGAAAGCAGUUACAAUAGUGACAAGCGACGUCCAAGGCGCCUUCGACGCUCUGCUCCCAAAACGUCUUAUAAAGGAGAUGAGGGCGAUGGGUUUCGACAUUCGUCUACUACGGCUCGUGGACCACUUCCUGGCAGAUCGUCAAGCUCGGGUUCGUUUGGAGGCAGCAACCACCGAAUAUAGCAGCCUUGAGUGCGGCACACCGCAAGGGUCUCCGGCGUCACCCGUUCUCUAUAUGGUUUAUUUGGCGGUCCUGGUAAAAGCCGGAGGCCGGUGGAGAGUUGCAUACGCAGACGAUAUUCUAAAUUGGAGGACCUCACCAUCGGUACGGCAAAAUGUGGAGGAGCUCCAAAAUGCAAUGGGUGAAAUGUAUCGGAGUGGAGCCGAGCACAAGAUCACGUUCGCACCGGAAAAGACGGAAAUGAUCCACAUUACCCGAAGCAGAACAGAAAAGGACGUGGCCAUGCAAAUAAACGACAAAACAAUCCAGCCUAUCACGACGGUCCCAGACACUUCUGCAAUAUCUGCUGUUCCAGGUCUACGCUGGCUUGGGUUCUGGUUCGACAAAAGACUGUCAGGCCGCCGCCACGUUGACGAAAGAAGCACCAAAGCCAUGGUAGUGGCCCGGCAUCUCCGCAGCCUCGCUGGAGUCAAAUACGGCCCACCAGCUGCCUCAUUGCGAAAAGCUGCAGUAACAUGCGUCCUAUCGUCGGUAUCAUACGCAGCGGAGGCGUGGUACGACCCAAGGAAAAGACAAAAAGGUCUGUUAACGGCGGUUAAACGUCCGUUGGUACACGCGGCUAGAGCCGUCCUCCCGGUCUGGAAAACCGCCCCAACAGCCUCCAUCCUCAGAGAUGCCGGGCUACCGUCAGCAAAGGUCGCUAUGGAACACCACCGGCUAAAAUACGCAUUUCGAUUACGGUUGGCGGACAAAUUGCAUCCGUUAUACAGGCGACAGUUUAGACAUUUAGUGGAACGGGGCCGCAAUGCCGGUCAGCUCCAACCGCGGGCUUCGAAACUGCUCGACGCGGAAAUGGUAUUCCCGCCGCUAAUUCCCACUCAGCUAUCACCACCCCGGUACACCCCCGGAUCCCGCAAAGACCCAACAGGGGGCAAAAGCAAAAGGAAGGCAGCCAAGGAUUUCCAAAGGUGGGCAAAACAGCUCGGGCCUAACGAUAUACUAGUGUUUAGCGACGGCUCCGAACAGUUUGAUCAAAACCAAGGCCACCUGGUGGGAUACGGGUUUAUUGUAUAUCGCAAAGGUGAGAUAACGGCCCAAGGUUCAGCAGCUUUGGGCGGGCCAUGCCACGUUUUUGACGCCGAAACGGUCGGGGCACUGCGCGGCCUCGAGGCAGCCGACGCGAACCCAGGAGACACAAUAUGGGUGUGUGUGGAUAGCGCCUCCGUUAUUUGGGGCUUGAGAGGAUCCGCGUCACUGUCCUCACAAUGGGCCUAUAUCCGAUUUCACGAACUCGUGGAGGAGCUGAAAGACACAGGCGUCAGCGUCCGCAUACGAUGGUGCCCGGGGCAUGAAGGAAUCGAAGGGAACGAGAAAGCAGACCGCCUAGCGGACGAAGGCGCGAAAGGACCCGCGGACACCGACCCCCGCACGCAAGGCGCGACCGUCAGCGGCAUCCGAUCCGAGCUUCGGAAGGCAGCCCGAGAGGCCAGCGCGCGAUGUUGGCAGGCCAGGAAGACGUCAGACGCAUACGACCGGUGGCAAUUGGAAUACAACCCAACGAAGGAACCAAACGAACUCGGGCUACCCCGGCGAAUCUUGGGGCACUACCUAGCGAUGCGGACAGGACACGGGGACUUUCGAGGUUACCACGACCGGUUUGCCCACCAGGGCGCAAAAACGCAAUGCGCUUGGUGCGACAACUCCACGGCACCAGACCAUUUGGUCCACUGCCCAAACAGCGUCAAACUAUGGAAAAAGUGGCCCAACGGCCCGACUCGGCGGCCAAACACGCAGACCAGACAAGAGUACCUAUACAAGACAUUGGGAAACCCGCGGGCUUUUGAGGAGUUCGCAGCCAUCACGGGCCAUUUCACCCUCCCUCCGCGCUAA